GAGCUGUUUCGAGUUUUGACUUGUUAAAAACAUUACUUAGGAUAUCCUGUUCAUUGGGUCCAAAGUUAAUAUUUAAUUCAUGGUACCCAUCAAAAUCAAUUGGCAUAAACAUUCCUAUCAAAAAAAAAAAAAAAAUUGGCAUAAACAUCAUUUUGAGGGUUUUAGGUGAUUAAAGUCUCGUUAUUCUGUGAGGAUGAUAUUCGUGUUCCAUAAUUCUUCUCUACCAGUAUAUUAUUUGUCCGGAUAUUCCCAUUUUACGUAAAAUGGUCUCAUGGGCCAUGCAAAGCACUAAACUCCUAUCCUUUGUUCGAAGCAUAGCAACCUCUACACCUAAAUAUCACAUACCAGUACUUUCAUCAACCCCUUCUCUGGUGUUGGACUCAUACUGUGAAAGCAAUGCUCAUGAGGGUGUUUACUCCAAAAACCGAAUAAUUGAUAGCCUAAUCAAAUCUGGGCAGUUAAACUCUGCCCUCAAGGUGUUUGAUGAAAUGCCACUUUGUGAUGUUGUUACCUAUAAUUUGCUGAUUUCUGGUAAUGCCAGAUGUGGGUUUCCAAAACAGGCUCUUUACCUCUAUGCUGAAAUGGUUCAAGAAGGAAUAAGAGAAAGCCCAUCCACAUUUUCCUCUGUUUUGGGUUUCUGUAGUGAUGCAGGGUUUUAUGGAGAAGGAAUUCAAGUUCACUGCAGGGUGAUUACACUUGGAUUUAGCUUGAAUUUGUUUGUUGGAAAUUCGCUUGUUGACCUUUAUAUGCAUAUGGGGCAUGAUGAUGUAGCUUUCAAGUUGUUCAAUGAGUUGCCGGAGCGAAAUUUGGCCGUAUGGAAUUUGGUAUUACGUGGGUAUUGUGAACCCAGUGGUCCGGGUCGAUCAGAUAAGUUAUUAGAGUUGUUCUCUAAAAUGGGAUUGGAUGGUGUGGAGCCAAAUGGUCUUACCUUUUGUUAUUUAUUUCGUGGAUGCAGUAACCAGAAACUUUUAGAUGAAGGAAAGCAGCUGCAUUGCCUCACUGUUAAGGUUGGAUGGGUAGAAUCAAACAUAUUCGUAGCUAAUGCUUUGGUAGAUUUUUAUUCUGCUUGUGGAAGUUUAGUUGAUGCAAAAAAAUCAUUUGAUAGUAUUCCAGUGGAGGAUGUGAUUUCAUGGAAUUCAAUUGUUGCAGUCUAUGCAAAUAAUGGUUUAUUGUUUGAUGCUCUCAAAUUAUUUUCAAUUAUGCAGUUUUGGGGGAAGAGGCCUUCGAUUCGAUCAUUUGUAGGCUUCUUGAAUUGGUCUAGUGGGUCCAAUAAUAUUCAAUUUGGUAAGCAAAUUCACUCUUAUGUUCUAAAAUUAGGCUUUGAUCAUGGAAGCAUGCAUAUCCAAUCUGCUUUGAUAGAUAUGUAUGGGAAAUGUGGUGACAUUGAGAGUUCGGUAGCCGUAUAUGAAAGUGUUCUGGAGAGAACAUUGGCGUGUUGUAACUCCUUAAUGACCUCAUUGUUGCACUGUGGCAUCACUGAAGAUGUGGUUGAGAUGUUUGGUUUAAUGGUUGAUGAGGGAGUAGGACUUGAUGAAGUCACUUUCUCCACGACACUAAAGGCGUUAUCAGUGUCUCCUUCGAUAAGCUUGGCUAGCUGCAGAUUACUACACUGUUGUGCAAUAAAAUCAGGUUUUGAAUCUGAUACUGCAGUUGCAUGUUCCCUAAUCAAUGCAUAUUCAAGAUGUGGUCAUGUCGAACUUUCUCGUCUGGUUUUUGACAAAAUUCCUUCACCGAAUGUGAUUUGUUUCACAUCUAUCAUUAAUGGGUAUGCCCGGAAUGGAAUGGGAAGAGAAGGUCUUGAAAUGUUUCAAGCAAUGGUCAAAAAGGGUCUGAAACCAGAUAAAGUGGCAUUCUUGUGUGCAUUAACAGGGUGCAGCCAUUCAGGGUUGGUCGAAGAAGGAAGAUCACUGUUUGAUUCAAUGAAAUCAUUACAUGGGAUCUGCCCUGAAAGGCAGCAUUUUUCAUGUAUGGUAGAUAUGUUAGGCCGCGCAGGUUUGCUUGAUGAAGCUCAAGAGUUGCUGCAACGGGCACCAGGAAAGGGUGAUAGUGUAAUGUGGAGUUCAUUGUUACAAAGUUGUAGGGUCCAUGGUAAUGAGAUAGUGGGAAGGAGAGUAGCAAAAAUCUUGAUGGAGCUUGAACCGGAGGAUCCUGCAGUUUGUUUGCAAGCUUCAAAUUUCUAUUCUGAAACUGGAGAAUUUAAAACGUCAAUGCAAAUUAAAGAGAGUGCUUAUGCAAGGAAGGUGACAAGGAAGAUUGGCCACAGUUUAAUUGAGAUAAAAAGUAGCUGAUAAUAUUAGCAUCCUCUAAUGAUGGAACCAAGAAAUCAAAUUUGGCACCUACUACAGAUCCUCAAAGCAGAGGACUGUGGCGGUUGAUGGUAACUUGGGGGCUAUCUUCCCAUCAAUCUAGAAAUGUUUAUCUAGUCUGGAUCUUGUAUAGGGAAUUAAUACAGAGGAGUUUCUUUUGCUUAAAGGUUUAAGCGUGCAUGUCCAAACGGACAGUUUGUACUUUGGAUUGCCCUGUUCGGUCUAACUAACUUCUUGACCU